GUUUUUAGUUUAUUUCUCUGUAAAUCGGCAUAAUGUCGUUAAGUCUCCUUUUAGAGAAAUACGAUGUGUCUAGUGAAGAAGGUUUAAAAAAAGCGCUUCAUGAAAUCGAACAGGAAGAAACGGAGGUAGAUGAGGCACUUUCCAAUGUCCUAUCAAAGGCAUGCUCGUUGGAAGGGCGGCUGCGGACCGCAAGCCAAGCGUAUGCCAAGCUAGGCGAGGUGAAGGCAGACACACAGAUUGCGGCAGACAUGGUAGACAAGACUGCAAUGUUGGCUAGAGACGUCAGUGCUAAAGUGCGGCAGCUGGACUUGGCUAGGUCCCGAGUGGCAGAGUGUCAGCGGCGUGUCAAUGACCUCAUAGAUCUGCAAGUGUGCAGUGCAGGAGUUGAGGCGGCCAUCAAAGCACAUGAUUAUGAAACAGGCGCGGCGCACGUGGCUCGCUUCCUCAGCAUGGACCCGGGGUCAGUGGCGGCGGCGCGCGCGCGGGGCGAGCACGACCCGCGCGACGCCAUGGCUGCCGCGCAGGCCACGCUACGCGACCAACUCGUACGCAAGUUUGAAGAAGCGGCGCGCAAGGACGAUGAAUCGGCUGUGGAGCGUCUCUUCAAGUUAUUCCCUCAGAUCGGCCGAGCUGACGAGGGCGUCGACCUACUAGCUAGAUAUCUCGCUAAUAAGUCGGAGGCUGCGAUCCGACGCGCCUGCACCGUGCCGGAUCCGACGUCCGACGCGGCGGUAUUCGCGGACGCCUUCACGCGAUCACUGGAAGCCGGAGGGCGGAACGUGGACCGAGCGAGAUUACUUGCAGCUGGACGCGCUCCUGGACUGCUGCCGCGGGCGCUGGCGCUUAUACAACCAGUGAUUUGCGCAGGCGGCCGGCGCGUCUACCACGAGUUAGUAUCAGCGCGACUGACAAACGCACGUCGCUCCGCGCUCCACGCUGAACCUGUUUUAGCCGAGCUAGCACUCGCACACUCUACCAUUCAUAUAUACUUCACGUUCGUCAGGCGAAGGGCUGAGGCGGACGCAUCAACAGUGGACGAAGAGACGAAAAAAUCAUGUUUAGCGUCCACAGAAAAGAUCAUCGCUGAAUGCGACCUGACUAGGACCGCUCAGGACUUGCUGGGACAUUAUCUCGCCUUGGAAAGGUUCUUCUUAGAAGAGAGCGUUGGCAAAGCUCUCAAGAUGGCGGCACCACAAGUCGGGGCAACCAGCUCGAGUCUGGUUGACGAUGUCUUCUUCAUUGCCAGAAAAGUUAUUCGCCGCAGCAUCUCUACGGGCAGCGUGGACGGCGCGUGCGCGGUGCUGAACGAGGUGUCGGCGCUGCUGGAGCGCGACGCGGCGGCCGCGCUGCGGCGCUGGCUGCGCGCGCCCCCGCCCGAGCCCCUCCCCCUGCCCCCGCCCGGGCCCGGCGCCGGCACGGACCGGUACAGGGAGCUGGACGCGCAGGCGCAGCUCUAUGUGGCACACCUAAAUGAAGCUGAAUCCGGCGCCGAAUGGUCCAUGCGGCUCGCCACAGAAGCUUGCGCACUAGCAGAGCCCCUUCUCAGUACCGGCGGACGCGACAAGCUGGUGUCGUGCGCUGAGAGUCUAGCUACUGCCGCGGCGGCUUUCAAGGCCGCUAGGGACUUGGGGCUAGAGGGGAUAACGGCUGCGCUGAAGCAUAAGGUCACUAAGUGGGCUGACGCGGUUGCUGAUCCAGAUGGAGAUAGUAUGGAAGACGAUGCCGACGCGCUACCUUCAGCGUUGGACACUUUAGCUGAAGCCUGCAAGGCCCAGCUGUCAGCCGCCGCGGCCAACCAACUGUUGACUACCAUAGUUCAAGACUUGGCUACUAGGGCAGAAGAAAGACUGCUGGUGCAUCAUUAUGAUCAGACGGGCGGGUUGGUGGUGGAGCGGCGCGCGCGGCGCCUGGCCGCGUGGGCGGGGGGCGCGGCUCCCGGCGCGCGGGAGCGCUGCGCGCGGCUGUCGCAGGCCGGCGCGCUGCUCGCCGCCGACCAGCCCGCCAGCGCUCCGAGCGCGGCCAGGCUCACGCCCCGCCGGCAGAGGGCGCUGCUGGCCCGCAGGUAA